CGGAAAGCUGCAAUUUGAUUGGUCGAGAGAUCUGAUUGGUAGAGAUGCUGGCUACAGCCUGCUUCGACGGUCCGACGGACAAACGGGGAAAUCGAGGUUGCACCGGCACCGAUUUCUUUCCCUCAGGCCAGAGAUACACGGGUCAAUAUCUCCUGGAGAACCAGCAUGGCCGCGGCGUGUAUCUGCACCCAAGCGGCUUCAAAUACAUGGGCUACCUGUUCGCCGGCGAUGCCGAGUUCUGUGGUCGGGCGCUGUCGCCGACCGGCGCCGAGUAUCAGGGCAUGUUCUAUGACGGCCUGCCGCACGGCGUCGGCCAGGUGACCUAUGGCGGCGGACUGCGGCGGGAUGUGGGUCUCUGGUGGCGGGGGCGACUGGUGCGGCUGCUCUGCCCCUCGCCCACCGCUGUGUCCUUCGAGCGCCUGCUCACGGGACACUACAUCGGCUGGUACGACCGCCGCGUCCUGCAUGUUCAGGAGCAGGAGAGCCCGCUGGAGUCGGUGCUGAGGGAGCUGGGGUCGGGUGCGCCCACCGCCGACCGACCCCUCGAUCAACUGGACCGUAUGACCAACCUGAAGCUGCGCGACAGACGCACGGCCGCCUUCCCGAGCCACAGAUACAAGUACGGGUGUCAGCGUGUAGCACCAGUUCGACUUCUGGCCUGGAACGACUCCCAGGACAUGUGUGAGCUCCAGUCUCACGCCUACCUGACGGAAAAGGCCGGGCGACUGGACUUGGAGGUGGUGCCUGCCAGUGUUCAGGAGCUGCUGCGGCCCGAGCGGCUCUCGGAGGUCCCCCCGGGCCGGCUGCAGCGGGCCAGUCUGCUGCUGCUGCACGCCAGCGCUCUGAACAGGCCCGACGUGGUGCGACUGCUGCUCCGCACCGUGCGAAUCAGCCCCAACGUGGCCGACGCGACGGGAGUCAGCGCGCUCAUCUGUGCAGCGAUGCGGGGCCACACGGCCGCGGUGAACACCCUGCUGGACCACGGCGCCAACGUGAACCAGCUGACCGACUGCGGCCUGUCGGCGCUGAGCCUCUGUCUGUCGCUGCACCACCCCGACUACAGCACGCGCUACCACCUCGACCAGCUGAGCGUCUUUACGCACCUCGAGCUCAACGACGAGCUGGACGGCGUGUUGGAGUGGCACGGCGGCGAGCCGCGGCCGUGUGAGCGCGGCCGGCGCCCGUUCCCCGCGCGACCCGUGCCGCUGGCCGCCCGCCGUCAGAAGGCCGUGCGCCGGCCGAGACCGCGCCGCAGUCCCGGCACGGACAGCUCCGAGCCGCCUGACAUCCGCCAGGCGCUGGUGCCCGGGCCCGCUCUGACGCUGGAGCACCCGCCGAGCAGCUCCCGGCGCCGGCGACAGGGGUCGCACGCUCACUCCCACCCGCCGGGAGAGGCGGACACCGUCCGGGCCGCGGCAGGCCACUCAAGGGAACAUACCCCCGAUACCAGCGAGGUCCCGGCGGGCUCCCCGCAGCCGUCACAUGUGGAGACUGCCCAGCGGCCGCGCACUCCGACCGCCGAGACCAGAGCGGCGGCUCGGACACCGGACGCUCUCCCGCCACCGGCCGAGGACUCGCGGGAGCACUGGGAGCCGGAGGGCUCCGCGCAGAGCGGCGCCGGCUCGGAAUCGAACUCUCCACCGGCACCAGCAGACGGUGACGCGGCGGUCCCCGGAUCGGCGGCCCCGAGCAGGCGGCCGUCCGCCGAUCAGCCGGCCGCGGACGGGCCGCCCUCGCCGCCAGCCUGGCCGUCCGGCUGGCCGGAGGAGGCGGACGCCGCGGCCCGUCCUCCGGCCGCCAGCCUGCUGUCGGCGCGGACCGACGACGGCACCGACGGCUCGUGGUGGGAGCGGCUGCCGGCCGAGUUGCCGCGCUGCUGCCCAUCGGUGGAGCGCGCGCUGGCCGCCGCCGCCGCCGCCGCCGCAGACGAGAGCAACCAGGAGACGGCCGUCCGGCUGAUCGAGGCCUUCUGCGGCGGGGUGGAUGGCAGGAUACCCGAGACCGAGUACACCAGUCCCUGCCCGGGCAGUGCCGACAUGCUGGCCAUGAUAAGGCUGCUGCUGCGGCGCGGUGCCAGCCCGGAGGCCAGUAAGGUACCGUUCCCAGCCGUGCACCACGCUCUGCUGGCCGACGACAAACCGCUGUUGGCCGCGCUGCUGGCGGCCGGCGGCGACCCCAACAGCCGGCUGCCACAUCAGCUGGGCGGCCUGUCGCCGCUGCACGUCUCCUGCUCUCUGCCCGGCGAAGGCAGUCUGCAGCUGUCGGCCCUGCUGCUGCAGCGCGGCGCCGACCCGAACGCCGCCAGUGACCGCGGCUCCGCGCUGCUGGACCCGCAGCUGCUGCAGCGCCGCCAGCUGCCGCUGCCCGAGCAGCUGGGCGCGCGCACACCGCUGCACGUCGUCUGUCAGCGGCCCGCCGACUCCUACGACCAAAAAGUGGUGUCCCGGCGGCUGAUGAACCUGCUGGAGGACUCGGGGGCCGACGUGGAGGCGCUCUGUAACGGCCACUCGCCCACCACCCUGGCUCUGCUGACCGGUGACAUGACCCUGGCCGUCGACCUGAUGACACGCGGCGCCGACCCGCUCCGCCAGCUCGGACCGCCCCACUACGACGCGCUGGGCCUGGCCGUCUCUCCGGCAGUGGAGCCGGCCUUUCAGCUGGAGGAACGGAAACAGAUGGUGCGGACGCUGCUGGCCUACGGGAGUAACGUGCUGAACGAGUACCCUCUCGAGGAGGAGGGCAAGACGGGCAACAUCCUCGAGUUCGCACAGUGGAUCAACGUCACGGACGACACCCUGCUGACGGCGCCACCUCACCAGCUGAAGGGCGCCCAGCGCGGACAGAAGAAGCAGCGCGAGGCGUUCCUGGCGUUCCUCUCGGAGCUGGUCUCUGACGAGCUGCGGCGCCACCAGCACAUGGCGCCGCUGGUCGAACAGGGCCUGUUCGAGGACGCCGAGCUGACCACGGCCGAGUACACCACCGCCUCGGGCGCGUCGCCAGCCGAGCCGGCCGCCGCCGACAGCUCGCCCGACGCCGGGCGCAGGAAGAGGAAAAGGAAACUGGUGGUGCUAUCGGCAGAAUGUUUCUGUCCCAUCUGUGAUCGAGUCCUGGGCAAAUGCUUCAAAGGCUGUCCUAACUACGGUCGGAGGACUCCAAAGCUAAUGUCGGCCGAACUGCGCAUGGACUCGUUCGCAGAUGACCUGCUCAACUCGGAUUCCGAUGAAGACGCAAGCAAAGCAGGGAAGAAGGGCAAACGACGGAAAAGGAGGGCAGAGGCCGACGAUGGCGAACUGGCGGCACACGUGGAGCUGGGUAAUGCCAUGCUCGGACCGGACGGAAAGCCUCUGAAGUGCCAUGCCUGCCGUAAGAACCUGAAGCGGCGGAAGAUCGUGUGCUCGGCGUGCAAACAGGUGAUCUACUGCAGCAAGAAGUGCCGCGCCGCCGACUGGGACAAGAGCCACGGCUUCACCUGCCCCGCGCGCAGUCAGAUGUCGCUGUCACGGCUGCAGGACUCGAACGGCACCAGUUCGACCCGCACGCGAGGCACCUCGGCCGACAGCGGGCCGCAGCGGGGCGACGGCUCCGAGCGGGCCGGACGGUCCGGCCGCCGUCCGGACGACGCCGGCGGCCGGACCGGCUCCCUGGACGACCGGGGCCGGGGCGGCCGGCGGCGCGGCAGGGGCCGCGGCGGCCGUUCCCUGGACACACACCGGCCCGGCCACCCGCGCAUGGCGCCCAUCGCCGGCCGCAUGCCGCCCUGGCUGGCCGCCUUCAUGGCGCAGUUCGAGGGCAUGCACAUAGGCGAGUGUCGCCAUCUGGUGCUCGGAGAGUGGUACGAGGACAACUGCAAGAUGAAGGAGAACUACAGCUACGUCUAGUGAUGCUACGACCCGGAAUGGUGCACCGGUGGCGCCCCGAGCCGACACUGGCCGUGUAGGUGGCGCUACAGCCAUCAGAGCGCAGUUGGAGGCCUUAGUUCAGGCUCGAUCAUCUUGUUUUGUUACACCAACUUGUUUGAGUUUCUUGUGGUUGUUACGAUAAAUACAAUGGUUCUCUCAACGAA